AUGUCGUUGGCAACGGCUAUAACUGCGAUCACACCUCCAAAUGUGUCCUACAUUCAAAUGGACUCGCUUGUGAUUAUGAAAAUAGUAAAACACGUAGACAGCGAACUUUAUGCUGGAAUGAGUGAGGUAGCUGGCGAAGCUUGUCAAGGUCUCCUAACUGGUCUAGUCUCAGUUGAAAAAGAUGAUAGUCGAUUGGAAAUCACCAAUUGCUUUCCUACUGCAAGAGCUGAACCUGUGCUGGAAAGCGACGAAAAUGCAGCCCAAGCCAAUCAAAUGUAUGAAGAACUCAAGCAACAAGAAAUGUUGGACAUGUUACGGAAAUUUAGGAACAUGAAUAUCGACUAUGAAUUGGUCGGAUUUUACCAAGCGCAUCCAUUUGGAGCUUGCUUCUCGCAGGACCUUGUUGACUCCAUGUUUGAUUAUCAGAGCAACGGACCCGAU